GUCACCAUCUAACUCUCCUGUGAGGUCGAGGUCAAAGUCAAAGUCACCAAUUAGUUACAGGCGAAGGCGGAGAUCUCCGUCCUAUUCACCACCGUUUCGUCGUCCAAGAAGUCAUAGAUCGAGAUCACCAUUAAGAUAUCACCGGCGAUCAACUUAUGAGGGGAGAAGGCGGUCAUAUAGAGAUUCUAGGGAUAUUUCUGAAAGUAGGAGAUACGGUAGAUCAGAUGAACACCAUUCUUCCAGUAUAAGGAGAAGUAGGAGUGUAAGUCCCAAAAAGAGAAAAUCUGGAAAAGAAGAUUCAGAGCUGUCAAGACAUGGACGCGAUAGCUCAUCACGUAGAGAUAAGAAAUCAUCUCGUGCUGGUUCACGAUCACCGGGGCGACGUAAGGAAGAAAACAAACUAAAACGUAGAACACGUUCAAGAUCUAGAUCAGCGGAAGAUUCUGCAGAUAUCAAGGAUGAAGCUAGAGAUGAGGAAUUGAAACAUCACAAAAAGCGGUCGAGAUCAAGAUCUCGUGAAGGUAGGAGUAAAACCAGAGACGCAUCUCGAAAUUCUGAUGAAACUAAACAGAAACACAGAGGGAGGACUAGGUCCAGAUCAUUGGAAAACGACAAUGGUUCUCAUGAGAAUGUUGAUGUUGCUCAAGACGAUGAUGAUCUGAAUCUCCGUCCCAGUAGGCGCAGGUCAAAAUCUUUAGAUGAGAACUAUGAUAUGAAAGAGAGGAGGGGAAGGUCCAGGUCCAGGUCUAGAUCAUUGGAAACGAAAAACAGGUCUGUUGGGAAAAGUAAGCUGGAUGAAGACAGAAACACAGGAUCACGUCGAAGGAGGUCCAGGUCGAAAUCAGUGGAAGAUAAGCGAAGUUAUAACAAGGAGACUCGGAGCAGGGAAAAAAAGUCCAAGCGUCGGAGUGGAAGACGGUCGAGGUCACCAUCAACUGAGGGUAAGAAAGGGAGAGAUAUUAGGUCAUCCCCAGGAUAUUCUGAUGAAAAAAAAUCAAGACGUAAGCGCCACUCCAGGUCAAGAUCAAUAGAGAAAAAGAACAGUUCAAGAGAAAAAAGGUCAAAACGUCAUGAAAGAUUGCGGUCAUCAUCUCCUGUUAGUUCAGAAGAAGAUCAUAAGAUCAAGAAAAGACACUCUGGAUCAAAAUCUGUGAAUGAGAAACCCCACUCAGAUGAUGAGAAAGUUGACGAUGGAGAUGCAAAUUCAGAUUCUAGUCCGCUGGAAAGGAACAGUGAAGUUCUUUUAUCGACACUGGAUUCGAUGUCAUCUCAGGAUGUGGAGAAGUCAAAAGAGAAUCAACCAUCUAGCAGCUCAGUGGAAAUAUGGAAUGCGAAUGAUGAUGAGAAAAUUAAGAUGGAGGAGAAAAGGAUGAUUCUGGAGUCAUAGGAAGAUUUUACGUAAAAGGUUCGAUGCUGCAGCAAACCCGUGAACUCCAUUCCAAUGAAUCCUCCCAGAAGAGUACCAAGAACCACCUCGACUCCGCAACUUAACGUUUCCGGGUCGACUCCACAACUUAACGUUUCCGGGAGAGUUUCUGCGGUUUUUUCGUUUAGAUCUCCUUAAUGUUGUUUUUGGUUUUGUCGUCAGCAACUCUUUGUUGUAUUACUUUGGCAUUUUCUGCCACAGUCCGUCGAUGGAGCUUGCUGCUGCUUAUGGAAGAAUCAAAAAUUUGAAUACUCGACAUAGAGAUGCCAAACUUGUUUUUGUCCUAUAACUAACUUCUGCUGGUCCAAGUUACCUUUUAAUGUCAACAUGUUUUUAUCCGCCAUGUGUAA